GGGAAAUUUAACUUGUUUCACCGCCCCGCACCAAUACGCUCGAUGUAGCCUUACAGAGCAUUAUAGAGGCGAACAUUAUCUUCAAGGUGAGAGCUCAUCUGUGAGAAUAGAAACAACUUAUCUGUCGUGUUAGCUUGCGCAGCUGACGGCCAAGACAGCUGUUGGCUAAGCUAAGUUAGCUUGCAGUUAACACAUUUGUACGCGCGUGAAAAUGCAGAGCUUUUUGAAAACGGAAGUGCGUUGUCGACUGCGCUUCCUACUCGUAAACUGUCACUGCUGCAUUGAGGACAUGUCAAGCAGGUAGGCGAGAACAAGACACUGCGGAGGAGCAGUGAUACCAUGUGGGAGUCACAUGAAUGAGAGGAUGAGGCCUGAUCAACAAGGAGGCAUCUUUAGGAGAGUGCCACUGAACAGUGUGUCUCCCGGGGAGGAGUUUUGCUACUUGUAAAGGUCCUACAUAAGCACCCAGCGUGUGGCCCCGUUUGUGAAUAUAUGCAAUGAACAGUACCACUCCGUCCCCCACAAUCAAUGGGGAUGUGGCAGUCAGCUAUGUGUUGGUGCCAUUUUUUCUCAUCACCAUAUUUGGAAUAGCUGUAGCUGUGAUAUUGUACAUUCGUAAGAAAAGGAGAAUUGACAGACUCCGCCAUCAGCUGCUACCAAUAUAUUCAUAUGACCCCUCAGAGGAGGUGAAUGAAGCUGAGCAAGAGAUGCUGUGGAGAGAAGAGGACACUAGGGUUGUUCAAGGUUGGGCACGAAGUUACCAACAGCGGCGCCCUCUUCUGUCCAAAGAUGCUUGAGGCUUCGAAACCACGGCAGCUCCGCAGACGCAGAGUAGCUGUACUGACCACAGGCUAGUUAUUUUGAAUGUGUUAACUUUUUGCCCAAUCCAUGAACCUACGACAAGCAACACCGUGGUGGUAUGUUGAUACCACAUUCUGAACCUUCAACUUAUUUAUUGUUGAGUAAUCAUUCAUGACCUUUCAUUCUGCAUUGAAAGAGCUCCGUUUUAAGACAUGCAAGUUGCAGGAGCCUAUAAAUGUACUUUAUUUGCAUCAGACCCAUGCUACUGUGUGGAACAUGGGACUGUUGCUGUUAUGUUUACUGUAGAGCAAGUUAAAACCGUCUCUCUGGCUGGGAGACUUACUGAACAUGGACAUCUGUGUAUGCAGCAUAUUAGGACAUAUCUACAUUCAAAAAUGAGUUAAAAUAAGUGGGGUAUUUUAUGAAUGCCUAGUUCAGGUCACUUUCGGUUUUUAUUUUACUCAAUGAAUGAAUCACUCUGGUUUGGUUUUCAUUGACACAAAAUGUGGUGAACUGCCAUGCCCUCUGAUCUGGAUUUUUGUGUGGUUUUGCCAAAUCCUGUGAGUCGUAUGGAAGGCAUGAAGAGCUCAAUGUGGAAGUAAACACGAUACAGUUUUCUUCUGAAUGACUCCUGCUACAAAUAUGUCCUGUGCACAAGACAUGGCACCAGGAAGGAUUCAUAUCCAGCCAGAAAUGAAUGCCAUCGUUCUGACUGUGCACAAGAGACCCAGAUAACCCCCGCCCCUUUCUCCUUUACCUCUUGAAGCAAUUCUAGACUGUUAGCCUGUUCUUGCAAACACAAAAUAUAAUUUAACAGUUUAAUUUUAAAAAGUCAUGCACUGUGGUUGAGGAAAUGUGGACUUAUUGGUUUGUUUGGAGAUAUGUGAGGUUACUGUCAUCACUCAGUGACCUUAAGUUUUUGAGGUUUGUUUUCCUCAGAAAAUUUAUUUUAACUGUACAAUCAUACCAUGAGGUACUUGUUACUGAGCCUCUGAUUGCUGCCUGAACUUGAAUAGAAAACUACUGAUGAAAAUUUGUCUGCAGUGCACUGUUUGUCUGCUUUGAGUUGUGAAAGGUUGCUUAUGAAAAUGUUUAUUUCAAUAAAAGCAGAAACUAACUUCUGAAUGGAA